UGAGGAGUGUCACGCAGGAGCAGGUUUUGCAGGUAGAAAAAACAGGUGCUAUGUGCGUGAGUAGCACAACCUCUCAAGACAGCGAACAACACAGAGCAACACCACCACUGUAGUUUCAUCUGAACUUAGCGGGUUUGAACAGCCCCUAUUUUCAACAGUAGUGUCCCCUUGGUGCAUGGUUAAGAUGAGAGGACCCGGCAAUGCAAAGAACCUCAAACGUAAAAGUGAAGGAGCGUGCUGUGUGUCUGUCGAACCAAAGUCAGACACUACUGGUCGUGGUCACGGACUCAAAAAUGUCAUCAGAGGGAAGAGACCAAGAGCUGGCAAACGGGGUGGAAGCUCCAAUGAUGGAAAAGUGUACCUUGGUGUGCGUGUGAAAAUGACAGUGAGAGAUAUGUUGAAAAAUGUCAGACUGGCUCAAGGCUGGGGACCUGAGCAGCUUCAGGAUGCAUUCAAGAAGAAAGAAGAGCGUGUCAAAACUCGCUCAAGCCUUAGAGCAUCCAAGAAACGAUGCCCACCCAAAAGCCUGGAGGAACUGGCAAUCAUAGUGGAGGUUCUGGAGGAGGAUCUCAAAACUCCACACACGAAAACAUCUCUGUCUGACCCUCCUGCCUCUCCUGCCCUGACAGGAUACAGCAGUGAUGGUUCAAUAAUCCCCAGUCCCCAGCAUCAUAUGAGCUACUCUCCCUGGGCAGACUAUUACCAGGACCACCAGACCCUGUCCCCUGACUACCAGACCAUGUCUCCAGAACAUCAGACCCUGUCCCCCGACUACCAGACCAUGUCUCCAGAACAUCAGACCCUGUCCCCCGACUACCAGACCAUGUCUCCAGAACAUCAGACCCUGUCCCCCGACUACGUUCCCAUGUCUCCAGAACAUCAGACCCUGUCCCCCGACUACCAGGCUCUCUCCCCCGACUACCAGACCAUGUCUCCGGACCACCAGGCCCUGUCCCCUGACCACAUGUCCAGUGCCUUCAUGGAGGAGGAGCACUGCCCUCAGAGCUGGAGCUUGGACAGCUCUGCCUUCUUCUGGACCCAGCUCCAGAAAGAGGAGAUGGUCCUCAACAACAUCUGUGAUGCAGAGCUCCUGAAUAAAGAUGAACAUGGCAGAAAUUUGCUCCACAAUGUGGUGUGUGUUGGGAAGAGGGCUCUGGCCUACGCCAUUGCUAAAAGAAUGGCUGGCAUCAGCAGCUUGGACCUCAAAGACUCCUAUGGAAUGACUGCUCUUCAUUACGCUGCAAAGAACAACCACCACCUGAUGGUGUGUGAUCUGAUCCAGCUGGGAGCAGGCAUCAACGAGAGGAACAACAUGGGCAAGUCCUGCCUCCACCUGAGUGCAGAGAAGGGCUACACGCAGGUUCUGGAGGUUUUUAAACAAAUGAUGACCGAUGGCUACUUUGUUGAUGUGGAAGCCACAGACAACUCAGGAAUGAGCGUGUUGCAGUGUGCUGCUGUGGCUCUGAAGGCCACUGUGUGUGAGGGGGACAGCAGCUCUCCACUCAGCUCCAGACUCAACAGUCUGCGGAAAGAGCAGAUGCUGGAGACACUGGAAAUCCUGCUGCAGAUGGGCAGUUACCUGCACUCUAUGGAGACUUGGGGGAUACCUCACAGCUCCUAAAGGCCUUGCAGGGCUUUUUUUUUGCGACCCGACAGUAAUGUUCUGUGUGUAUUCAGCCUGACAUCAGAGCAGAGCCCACAGUUAUGGGCCUCUCUUGGUUUACUCAGGUCUGAAGUGUAAAGCAUCUGUUGCUUUGUGUUUGGUAACAAUAUCUGACUUGCAAUCAGAUGUUGUAUAUGUAACCUGCACAAAAGCAUUAGGUGCCCAAUACCUGGUUUCCAUGAAACUUCCUCAGUUUGUUACAUUGGAGUAACAACAUUAUCUCUAGUAGUGAAGGAGAUCCACUGUACAGUCUCUUGAUAGCAUUUCAGUUAAUCUAAUUUGUUUAAAUACAUUUAAUUUGUUAACUGGUUAUUUUGAAAGUUGUAAGGUUGUAAGAUUAAGCCAAAUACAGAUCAGUUGUCAAAACCGUUCUGGCGAGAACGUGUGCACACUGUUGGAACCUUGACUUGAAUAUUGCUGAAACAUGCUGUACUUUUAAUAGAACCAUUAAUAUAAUAGGUCCAUUAUAAAGUACACAAGUCAACAGCCACUGGUGCAAAGAUGGUACAAGUGGAUCUUCAGGAGACAUUAUUCACUGUUGUAUUAUGAAGACAUAGUAGCUUCACAUAUAUAGUUUUUGUGGUGGUGGGAUGUGUUUUGUUUUAUUCUGAUGAAAUACAGUAUAUCACAAGACCAUCUUUUGUUUUUAUAUAUAUGUCUGUGUGUGUUUAUAUCUAUAUAUAUCUAUAUCUAUAUAUAUCCGAGUUGUUUUUUUUAUCUUUGUUUUGGGUUAAUAGGUUUGUGGUCAUUGUUGUCAAUACAAACAUGUUGUUUGAAAAUA